UGGUUAAGUCACUGUCCUUUCAGUCCCUCGACGAGUCCGCCAACCACACCAACCCGAAGUCCAAACAAACCCCAAAAGCCUCUUAAAUCUUAAUCCAUCCUCUCCUACUAACAUACUAAUAAUUUUCCAAUUGGAGAAUAAUUAAUAGCAGUAAUAAACAACAACAAAACAUAGAUUUAUAAAAACAAAGUUAGCACAAGACUCACCCACCCUCGCUCGCUCGCCUCGAAUCACCACACCAACCCUUAGUAAUGGAGUCAGCAGCUCUCUCGCGCAUAGGCCUGGCGGGCCUGGCUGUGAUGGGCCAGAACCUAGCCCUAAACAUCGCGGAAAAGGGCUUCCCCAUCUCCGUCUACAACCGCACCUCCUCCAAGGUCGACGAGACGGUGGAUCGGGCCCGCAGCGAGGGCUCCCUCCCUCUGACGGGCCAGUACACUCCCCGCGACUUCGUCCUCUCGCUCCAGCGCCCCAGAUCCGUCAUCAUCCUCGUCAAGGCCGGCGCCCCCGUCGACCACACCAUCGCCGCCCUCUCCGACCACCUCGAGCCCGGCGACUGCAUCAUCGACGGCGGCAACGAGUGGUACGAGAACACGGAGCGCCGCAUCGCCCACGUCGCCGACAAAGGCCUCCUCUACCUCGGCAUGGGCGUCUCCGGCGGCGAGGACGGCGCCCGCCACGGCCCCUCCCUCAUGCCCGGCGGCGACCGCCAGGCUUACAACAACAUCCAGGAUAUCCUCACCAAGGUCGCCGCGCAGGUCGAGGACGGCCCCUGCGUCACCUACAUCGGCGAGGGUGGCUCCGGCAACUUCGUCAAGAUGGUCCACAACGGAAUCGAAUACGGCGACAUGCAACUCAUCUCCGAAGCCUACGACGUUCUGAAACACGUCGGAGGCUUGUCCAAUUCCGAAAUCGGCGACAUCUUCGCCGAGUGGAACAGAGGGGAACUCGAGAGUUUCUUGAUUGAAAUCACCGCGGAUAUUUUCAAAGUGAAGGAUGAGGAUGGGGAAGGGUUUUUGGUGGAUAAGAUUUUGGAUAAGACCGGUAUGAAGGGGACCGGGAAAUGGACGGUGCAGCAGGCGGCGGAGCUGUCGAUCGCCGCGCCGACCAUCGCGGCGUCGUUGGACUGCCGGUACUUGAGUGGAUUGAAGGAGGAGAGGGAGAGUGCUGCCGCAGUGUUGAGGGAGGCGGGGUUGAGUGACGAAUUAGGGUUAGGGUUGGGAAGGAGUGUGAGUGGAGUUGAUAAGAAGCGUUUGAUUGAUGAUGUGAGGCAGGCUUUGUAUGCUUCCAAGAUUUGCAGCUAUGCCCAGGGGAUGAAUUUGUUGAGGGCAAAGAGCAAUGAGAAGGGGUGGAACUUGAAUUUGGGGGAGUUGGCUAGGAUUUGGAAGGGAGGGUGCAUCAUAAGAGCUGUGUUCUUGGACAGGAUCAAGAAGGCUUACCAGAGGAACCCUAACUUGGCCAGCUUAAUAGUGGACCCCGAAUUCGCCAGGGAGAUGGUGCAGAGGCAGGCUGCCUGGAGGAGGGUUGUUGGCUUGGCUGUUUCCGCCGGGAUUAGUACUCCCGGGAUGUGCGCCAGCCUUGCUUACUUCGACACUUAUCGCCGGGCGAGGCUCCCGGCAAACCUUGUUCAGGCUCAGAGGGACUUGUUUGGGGCGCAUACUUAUGAGAGGGUUGAUCGCCCCGGUGCGUUUCAUACUGAGUGGACCAAGCUAGCCCGCAAUGGAGUUGGUGCUCUCAAUUGAUGAUGGGUUUUGUUUUGGUUCUUUGUUUGAUUCGUGCAGCAUUUGAGUUGUAAUUGUUUGUUUCUUUGAGGAUACAUGGUAGGCAUAGCAACUAUUGUUUCCUUGCUAGAACUGUUUUUGCUCUUUUAUUUAAUAAAACAAAGGCAUGUCAUUUGACUCACUAUGGCUUUUGCUUAAGUAUAGUACAAGUUGUUGGUGUUCUUGUCUUA